ACUGUCAGUACUGUCACGAUACGGAACGGAUCGGUAUCGAGGAUUUUUGCCGCAAUGGGAGACUCUGCUGCCGACGCAAUCAAGGAUCUUAACAUAAACGACAAGGCAGGGCUUUAAACAAAUUAAUUCCAACCUAACAGUCAUAGUCUUAAUGCUCUGAGUGAUGUUAAAGUUGUUCAGUUUUCGUAGAGUCAGCGCGCGGGGAGGCUAUGCCACAUGGUCAAAAACUAAAGCAAUGAAGGAGAAGAAGAAGAAAACAGAGGACUCUGGCGGUGUCUCUGAGCUCAACCCGUGGCCGGAGUUCAUACAAAAGAGGAUCACCCUGUGGGACAAAUACAAAGUGCAGUAUGCCGAGGAGUUGGCCAAGAAACCUGAUGUCAGUAUUGUUGUUACAUUGCCGGAUGGAAAGACGGUUGAGGCUAAAGCGUGGAGGACUACGCCUUAUGAUGUGGCCAGGGGAAUCAGCCAAGGCCUGGCGGACUCCACCAUCAUCGCGCGGGUGAACAACGAGCUCUGGGACCUGGACAGGCCGCUGGAAGGGGACUGCAAGCUGGAGCUCCUCCGCUGGGACAACACGGAUGCCCAGGCUGUGUUCUGGCACUCUUCAGCACAUAUGUUGGGCGAGGCUAUGGAGAGGGUAUACGGCGGGUGCUUGUGUUACGGGCCGCCCAUCGAAGAGGGAUUUUACUACGACAUGUAUUAUCCCGAAAAAGGAAUCUCAUCCACAGACUUCCACGUGCUGGAAGGUCUGGUGAAGAAGAUCGCCAAAGAGAAGCAGCCAUUUGAACGCCUGGAGCUCACCAAGGAACAGCUGCUUGAGAUGUUCGACUACAACCCGUUCAAAGUGCGGAUCCUCAAAGAGAAGGUGAACACACCGACUACGACGGUGUACCGUUGCGGGCCGCUCAUCGACCUGUGCCGCGGGCCCCACGUCAGGCACACGGGCAAGGUCAAGGCCGUCAAGGUCACUAAGAACUCGGCAACGUACUGGGAAGGCAAAGCGGACGCGGAAAGCCUCCAGCGUAUCUACGGAGUGUCGUUCCCUGAACCCAAACAGCUAAAGGAGUGGGAGACGAUUCAAGAAGAGGCUGCUAAGAGGGACCAUAGGAAAAUCGGCAGGGAGCAAGAGUUGUAUUUCUUCCACGAGUUAUCACCAGGUUCCUGCUUCUUCCAACCUCGCGGCGCACACAUAUACAACACUCUGGUCAACUUUAUACGCGAACAGUACAGGAUCCGAGGCUUCCAAGAAGUGGUGACACCGAACAUAUACAACGCGAAGCUAUGGCAGACGUCGGGCCACUGGGCGCAUUACGCCGAGAACAUGUUCUCCUUCGACGUGGAGAAGGAAACCUUCGCUCUGAAGCCCAUGAACUGUCCCGGCCAUUGUUUGAUGUUCGACAACCGCACCCGCUCGUGGCGCGAGCUGCCGCUGCGCGUGGCGGACUUCGGCGUCCUGCACCGCAACGAGCUCAGUGGCGCCCUCACCGGCCUCACAAGGGUUCGAAGGUUCCAGCAAGAUGAUGCGCACAUAUUCUGCGCACAACAACAUAUUGAAAAGGAGAUGGUGGGCUGCCUAGAGUUCCUGGAGGCCGUGUACUCGACGUUCGGGUUCACGUUCCAACUGAAGCUGUCCACGCGCCCGGAGAAGUACCUCGGGGAGCUCGCCUCUUGGAACGAGGCCGAAAAGGCGUUAGAAGACUCGUUGAACAAAUUCGGAAAACCGUGGCAACUGAAUCCGGGUGACGGGGCGUUCUACGGCCCUAAGAUCGACAUCACCAUACAGGAUGCCUUGAGGAGAUCCCACCAAUGUGCGACCAUACAGCUCGACUUCCAACUGCCUGAGAGAUUCAACCUGAGCUACGUCAGUGAGAGCGGCGAGAAGAAACGGCCCGUGAUCAUACACCGCGCGAUCCUCGGCUCCGUCGAGCGAAUGAUCGCCAUUCUGAGCGAGUCGUACGCGGGCAAGUGGCCGUUCUGGCUCAGUCCGCGGCAAGUCUGCAUCGUGCCCGUGGGGCCAGCGUUCGAUGACUACGCCAUCAAGGUGAACGAGCAGCUAUACGCCGCCGGUUUCAUGUCGGAGGCCGACACGGACGCGGGCGACACGCUCAACAAGAAAGUGCGGAACGCUCAGCUCGCGCAAUUCAACUACAUCCUGGUGGUGGGCGAACGCGAGAAAUCUUCGGGCACGGUGAACGUGCGUACUCGAGACAACAAGGUCCACGGUGAAAUGUCCAUCGAGGCACUUAUAGAACACUUCAACACCCUCGUCAGGGACAAGACGUUGGCUGAAGACAGCCAGUUACUCAAGUAACCUGGGAAAGACCUAAAUGCUGUACAGGAUGUACCAUAGACAAAUCCUCCAGACUGAGCAUCGCGCUACCCCCUCUGCCACAAAUAUACGGUAGUUUUACUCCAUUUUCGAUCAAGUGUCUUUGAGUGACGCCCAAGUGUCUUUGAACGGACCAAUCACGGCACGGGACUCGCGCACCUCGUCCCCCGCUCCGUUGUAUUAUUGGCAGCAUCGGUUUCAUGAAAUAAUUGCUCUAAGGUCCGUCUAGACUGUCUAGAGGAUGUCUUGUCUGUGGGAUGUACCAACCAACGGGUCCACUGAAGCCACUCAUGAAACAGUUUUUGUGCAGUCAGCAGCAUAAGUUUCUAAGCGGGUGAGGUGUUCAAAAUUACCCUGACACGUUCUUAUUCUCUUAAAAAUAAAGUCGCGUCAAGAUCAUUUUGGACACGUCGCUCGCUUAGCAACUUCUGUUGUUUACUGUAUGCGAAUAUAGCGGCUCUAUAUAUACGGUUCGCAUCGAACGGGCGGAGUCGGCGCGCAUUUCAUAUAUGUACGGCCGCAAGGCACGCGGACGGCUCC